AGAGCAUGUUCCAGAUCCCAGAGUUUGAGCCCAGUGAGCAGGAAGACUCCAGCCCUGCAAAUAGGGGCUUGGGCCCCAGCCCCACAGGGGACCGGCCCCCAAGCCCUGGCAAGCACCAGCAGACGGCCCCAGGCCUCCUAGGGGAAGCUGGUCACCAGCAGGGGCAGCCAGCCAGCCGCAAACACCAUGGAGGCGCUGGGGCUGAGACCCGGAGUCGCCACAGCUCGUUCCCCGCGGGGACCGACGAGGAUGAAGGAAUGGAGGAAGAAGAGCUCAGCCCUUUCCGGGGGCGCUCGAGCUCAGCGCCCCCCAACCUCUGCGCGGCACGGCGCUACGGCCGCGAGCUCCGCAGGAUGAGCGACGAGUUCCAGGGCUCCUUCAAGGGACUUCCUCGCCCGAAGAGCGCGGGGACAGCGACGCAGAUGCGACAAAGCCCCAGCUGGACGCGCGUCAUCCAGUCCUGGUGGGAUCGGAACUUGGGGAGAGGAGGCUCCGCCCCGUCCCAGUGACCCGUCCCGCGUCC